UAUACACGAAACAUUAUAUGUACGGUUGACUUAAUUGCAUCAGAAGGAACCAUCGCGUUUGCCAGGUUCGGUUUGCCAAGCCAUAAAAGAAGUUGGUUUAUUGUGACAGUCUAACAUCAUGGUGUUGUCGUGUAGAUUUUACAAGAACAGGUACCCUGAAGUAGAGGAUGUUGUUAUGGUUAAUGUCCGGUCCAUCGCUGAGAUGGGAGCCUAUGUUCAUUUGCUGGAAUAUAACAACAUUGAGGGUAUGAUUCUUCUCUCCGAGUUAUCCAGAAGACGUAUUAGAUCCAUCAACAAACUCAUUCGUAUUGGGCGAAGUGAGUGUGUGGUGGUCAUCAGAGUUGAUAAAGACAAAGGAUACAUUGAUUUGUCCAAAAGAAGAGUUUCACCUGAGGAAGUCACUAAGUGUGAGGAAAAAUAUGCAAAAGCAAAAGCUGUUAACAGCAUUUUACGUCACGUUGGAGAGUUGAUGAAAUACAACAGUGAUGAACAGAUGGAGGAGUUGUACACUAAAACAGCCUGGUUCUUUGAUGACAAGUACAAGAAACCCGGAGCUUCUUAUGAAGCAUUUAAACACGCUGUAACGAAUCCUGAAAUUUUGGAUGAGUUGGACAUUGAUGAAGAAACGAAAAAUGUUCUCCUGCAAAAUAUUAAGAGGAGACUCACACCGCAAGCUGUAAAGAUCAGAGCAGAUAUUGAAGUCGCCUGUACGAAUUACGAGGGAGUUGAUGCUGUGAAGAGAGCAUUAAAGAAAGGUCUGGAAUUAUCUACAGAAUCCAUGCCAAUCAAGAUCAAUCUGAUUGCCCCGCCCCUGUAUGUGAUGACUACAUCCACACUGGAGAGAACGGAGGGACUGGCCACACUAAACAAGGGCAUCGCUGUCAUCAAGAGCACAAUAGAGGAGGCAGGGGGGAUAUUUAACAUACACAAACAGCCCCGUGUGGUGUCGGACAUCGACGAGAUCGAGCUGGAGAAACACUUAAAGCAGCUGGAGGAUGACAAUCGGGAGGUGGCCGGCGAUUCUGACGAUGAAGAUGAUGUGGAGGGGAUGGGGGAGAUAGAUGGAGAAGAACCAGGGGACGAGGAUGAGGGGGAAGACUGAGGGGGUGGAUCUAACUGUAUUCUGGUGGUGCAUUCUAAGACAUAUUGUGGAAACUUGUACAGCAGAACUAUAUUUAAGACCUCCCUGUUUUUAUGUACUGCUGUAGUCAUUAAGUUACUGGGAAACAAGUACCCAGUAAAUUGCUUUGAAUCCAACAGACUUUGGGGGAAACAUUAAAGAGCCAACAGAUAAUAUUUCAUGGCUGUUGGUUAUGUCAUCAUUAUAAUACUUUGUCAUUGUACUACAUGUAGUAAUCUCUAAAUUAAACGUUUUUUAACUGUU